AUGUUUACUCUUUUUUGUGGUGGUGAAUUAAAAGUAUCUGUGAAGAAUCCAUUCUCAGAGGAAUUGAUUUUCUUACUAUUUGAUUCUGUGCACUUAUUAAAAUCAAUUAGAAAUAAUUGGCUGAAUAUACACCAUACUAACCAGACAUUUUUUUAUCCUGACAUACAAAAGGAAACAAAAUGCAUUGCUACUUUGUUUCAUCUAAAAGAGAUAUUAAGAGCAGAAGGCAAAAGUGUGAAGUUUGCACCAUCUUUGUCUUUAAAGGUAUUAUAUCCUUUAUCAUUGGAAAGGCAAAAUGUUUCAUAUGCAAUAAAACUUUUUGAUAAGAAAGUAGCUGCAGCUCUGCAGAAAUUUGCACAAAAUGUGGAUUAUAUCCAGACAAAAGAUUUUAUUGAAAGAAUUGCAAUAUGGUGGAAUGUAAUGAAUGUAAAACAUCCAGAAAAGGGAAAACAAUUAAGAGAUAUUUACUGCAGACCAAUAUAUACUAAAAAUGAUGAGCAAAUUAAAUUUCUGAAUUGUUUUAUAGAAUUUUUGGAUGCAUGGGAUAAAUUUAACUUGAAACAACACUAUGGAAGAUUGUCAUAUGAAACACAUUUCGCUUUAAAACAUUCAACUUAUGCUACGAUUCAUCUUAUUGAAUAUUUGUUUAAAAAAUUUUCAUUGAAGUUUGUACUUUUGGGAAAGUUCCAAACAGAUAAUCUUGAAGCUAGGUUUGGACAAUAUCGCCAAAUGUGUGGUGGUAAUUAUCAUGUUAGUGUUGUGCAGGUUUUAGAAUGUGAAAAAAAAUUAAAAUUUUUAAGUUUACUGAAAUUAAAAUCUGAGAGAAUAGGGAAUUUCCAUAUUAAAGAUUUGAUGUCAGCUCAAGUAGAAAAUUGUAUGCAACAUUCCUUUAAAUCACAGAUGGAUAUUUGUUUUGAAUGUUUUGAUGAUGUUCCAAUUGAAUGUGAAAUAAUAACAGUUCCUUUGUCUACUGUUAAAAUUUUAGUUUUUACUGCUGGUUAUGCUGUUCAUAAAUUAUUACAGACAAUUUCAUGUGAAAAGUGUAAAUCAGUAAUAUCCUGUUUAGAUAAAAAAUUAGAAUUUGACAUUUUACACCCUGAACUUAUAAGUUAUAUUAAAGAAAUUGAUAGAGGAGGACUUUCAUAUCCAUCUGAUUUAUUUCUCACUUUAACUGUUGAAUUAUAUAAGCCUUUUCAAUGUUUAUUACAAGCUAAGUAUGACGAUCAAUUUCUACAGUGCAAAAAACAAAGUUAUUUAUAA